GUUUUUCCUCUCCAUCAGCGUAGCCUACUACGCUACAACUCAAAGCGAGACGUCUCUGUUUAUGUCCGACGUACCUUCAACAAAAGACAGUGCUGUCAGAACGGAGAGCACAGCAUUUUUUAAUACAUUUUGAUGAAUGUAGCUAACUUUGUAACGGAAGACAGACAACGAGAAAACGCAUUUGGCUUGGCCAUUCGGACUAUUUUUUUUGUCUCCAACGGUGAUAGAGUUGUUGACAAAUUGCCUUUGUUAGCAAAUAUAACGUUAGCUAUCCGCACGAAGUUGUGCAGGCGGCUGCGGGUGGAUUGUUGUCCGUCGCGCACUGAGCGGCGUGGCUCUCAAGGAUACAGAACUGGGCUGUACAUUCGUCGGGGAGAACCACAUCAUCGAUCCGCUGGUUGCCACGGCGACAACCACCAGGCGCAUGAAGGAGGAGGAGGUGGAGCUGAGGCUCAGCUGACCCCUCCCCUCCUGGUGUGACCCUCCUCCCUCCCCAAAGGAACCCUCACCUCUCUCUCCAGGCAGCCGGCCAGACAAACCCAUGUUCUCCCCCGAGCAGGAAAAUAUCUCCCCCUCCACCACCUCCACCAAAGUGCCAGUGAAAUAUGGAGAGCUCGUCGUGCUAGGGUACAAUGGGUCUCUUCCUAACGGUGAUCGAGGGCGGCGUAAAAGCCGUUUUGCUCUGUCCAGGAGGCCAAAGGCCAACGGGGUCAGACCCAGCACUGUGCACGUCUCAUGCACUCCCCAGGCAGCUAAGGCCAUCAACAACAAGGACCAGCACAGUAUUUCCUUCACUCUGUCCCGAACCCAGACGGUGGUGGUGGAGUAUACGAAUGACAGCAAUACUGACAUGUUCCAGGUGGGCCGCUCCACAGAGAGCCCGAUAGACUUCGUGGUGACGGACACGGUGGCGGGCAGCCAGAGUAACUCCGACACCCAGUCGGUCCAGAGCACCAUCUCCCGCUUCGCCUGCCGCAUCAUGUGUCAGAGGACGCCCCCCUACACCGCCCGCAUCUACGCCGCCGGCUUCGACUCCUCCAAGAACAUCUUCCUGGGGGAGAAGGCGGCCAAGUGGAAGACGUGCGACGGACAGAUGGACGGUCUGACCACCAACGGUGUGCUGGUGAUGCACCCUCGCCACGGCUUCACCGAGGACUCCCGGCCGGGCGUGUGGCGGGAGAUCUCCGUCUGCGGCAACGUCUUCACCCUCCGGGAGACGCGCUCGGCACAGCAGCCGGGCAAGAUGGUGGAGUCGGAGAGCCAGGAGCUGGUGGACGGCUCCCUGAUAGACCUGUGCGGAGCGACCCUCCUAUGGCGGACAGCUGAGGGUCUCAGCCACACCCCCACCGUCAAACACCUGGAGGCGCUGCGCCAGGAGAUCAACGCCGCCCGGCCGCAGUGCCCCGUGGGCUUCAACACCCUCGCCUUCCCCUCCAUGAGGCGCAAGGACACCCCGGACGAGAAGCAGCCCUGGGUUUACCUCCACUGUGGCCACGUCCACGGGUACCACAACUGGGGAGGUCACCGGGACCGGACGGACCCUGGCCGGGAGGAGGGCGAGCCGGGCCGGCAGGCAGGCCUGACCCGGGAGUGCCCCAUGUGUCGGGCCAGGGGGCCGUACGUUCCCCUUUGGCUGGGCUGCGAGGCGAGCUUCUACCUGGACACGGCACCGCCCACCCACGCCUUCGCCCCCUGCGGUCACGUGUGCUCUGAGAAGACGGCGGCGUUCUGGAGCCAGAUCCCGCUGCCCCACGGGACGCACACCUUCCACGCCGCGUGUCCCUUCUGCGCCCAGCAGCUGAGCGGCGAGCAGGGAUACGUCAGACUCAUCUUCCAGGGACCGCUCGACUGAGGGGACUGUUCUGUUGUUGUCGGACUUACUUUCUCUACGGUGGUUUAAGGAGCGACGCUUACAGCAGAAGCGUAUAACUUCCAAUUCCCUGCAAUUAUUAUUUUUUUUUUUACGCCGUUUUGAUUUUCCUGCCGCCAGGAUUUUCUGGACUUUUCUCCUUUUUUUUUCUCUGUGUGGUACCCUCUGGGCGGUUUUAAGUGACCUUUUUCCAUUUUCUCCUACAGGGAAUGAAAACAAAGAUAUCUAUAUUUUCACGUGAACAACAGACAAGACAGAAAUGAAAGUAACAUGCAAUCGCACUGUUGCUAGACGAUAUGACUGUUUUGUCUUGUUUUCAGCAAAGAACUGUGAACAGUGGUAAUCUAUUGUACUAUCAUACAUAUGGAUUUAUUAGUUUGUUGUAAUAUUCACCCCUGUCUAAUCUAUAAGAGUUAACUUAAACAAAUUCCUUAUUUAUUCCCUGACUCCAUAUUGAAUCAAUUUCAAGAAUAGAAGACAAACUCCUAUCUCAUUUCUACUCCCUCACUCCGCUCCUUCAGAUAGGCCUGACUUCAGUACUCUUUAACAUUUCUAUUUGACUGUUAAGAGUGUAACAGUGUGAAGCAGAUAUCAAGUUCGAGGGUUGCAUUCACUAGAAGCCCAACAGAAGCAGACAGGAAGGGACCUAUCUGAAUUGGUCCACGGAGAAACACUUGUCAUUGUCUGUUUGCAGAAAGGUUUGCUACUGUGUGCGCUAAUGAAUGCGACCCAGGCAUGUGUUUGGGUUUGGGAUUUGUUCAAACUGCUUUUUGACACCUCAUUGAUCUAUUGAGUGUCCAUUACAACUUGUUUGUCAUUACUGAAACCUCAGUGUUUGUCUGUCUGACCAGUGUGUUCUGUCUUUGUUGUGAUGUCUGUGUGUUAAAUGCCCCCCAAGGAAAAGUUUUCUCUAGGUACAGGUCUAAGAUCAGGUUCCUCUAGGUAGAGGUUUAGGAUACAUUUUCCCUAAACUUGAUCCUAACCUACACAAUUACAGGAGGAAAUGUAAAACGUACUCCAGAUCAGUGUCUAGUGACAACUUUAACCCUUCAUCAUGCUAGAACUUUUUUCCCACAAUGCACUGCAAUUACCUUUUCGCAUUCAAAGCAAUAGAUUUAAAUGGAGACUUCCUGCUUCUGAAGCAUCUUGGGAUUUGUAGUCCAGAUGGCCGUUUUUGAGGGUCUCCUACCUUUUAAAGUCCUGGCUUGGGAACCAACAAGCCCAAACUAAUGAGGCUUACUUGUUGGAGAGUUGUGUGUAUGCAAAUGGUGGUGCUUCCUCAUGCGUAUGUGCAGUGUCAUACCUGCUACGAUCAGUUAGCUACAUUGAUAGCUAUGUCUGGAGUUGUGUGUAGUGAACACACAACCGACUGUUGUCUGGGUGUAAAGAGAGGUAAGACUUGACGUCCUUCCUCAAUAUAAACAUUGAAUGUCAUUCUCUUUUCUAGGCUUUACAAUGAUUAUGAACUAAAUGGUAUUUAUAUAUUAAAAAGUACCUCAGUGGAAAAACGAGUCAUAAACUUCAAACUUAAAAAAAAAUCACUUCAGAAAGGGGUGUGUGGGAAUUCAUUACUUCCAAGGUGUGUGUGCGUGUGUGUGUCUCUGUGUCUGUGUCUGUGUGUGUACUUGGCUGUACAGUACUGAUCUCUACUCUCUGACUGUGAUCUAUAGUAAAUACUCACCUCAGGGAGAAGACACAUAAUCAUCUGUCCUAUUAACACACACACACUAUAGACAAACGGCUGUCAAGCCAGUAGACACCCUCCGUGCAGUGAACUUCAGAGGAUACCUCAUCAGUUACUAAAGGUCUCUGUCUGUCUGUCUGUCUAAGGCCUAGUUUAUACGCCGCGUGCAACGGACGUGGCUCAAAUAAAACUGCUCUUCUGCAUUAAUUGUGUAGCAAAAAUAUGCAAACGUGCGAACACCACCUCCCUCGAUCUGUACCUCGUAGCAACCACGCAGCAUCGCUGUGUUGUGUAGCCUAGAGCCCCACCCCCUACUUGAAUCGGGUCGGAAUUAGUCUCAACUUCUCUGGUCUUCUCUCGGUUCUGUGUACUUGUCAAAGGCACGGAUUUCCUGUCAUUAGGGAAUGUGUGCAAGGAAGGGCUUUACUCCGUGACGCAUAAAUGCUCCUUUGUCCCCUACAUAGGGCAUAAUAAUGGUGCACUUUUUAGGGGACAGGAUGUCAUCCAUCUAUGUCUGUAGAACUUCAGUGGUGUCUGUCUACUCCCCCUGCCUUUUCACUCCCCCUCCAUUUACUCUCUACCUCUUCUCUUUCUCUCCGACCACUUAUUCACUCUCUCUUUCCUAACUCUUUCUCUCUUUUUUUUUUUUUCGUCUCUCCACGCCUGUGGUUCUCUUUUGUCUCUCUGGCUCUGGUCCAGGGUGUUGAGUCCCAGAGCUGGGAACUGUGAUUGUGGGGACUGUGAUUUAGUUCAAAUCGAAGAAAGUCAGUACAGACGGCAACUUAAGUCGUUUUUAAAUUUGAAAAGAAAAUGUCUAUUUUCACUAAUGAAUCGACUGAUUAGAAACGAAUUAUUUACAACAAAGUAUUGCAUUUUUAAUAUAAACGUUUUCCUCAUAAAAUGUUUUAUUUUCAAUUCGCCCCAGUCCUGUUAGGAGCGCAGCAAUAACACGCUGGACCAGAGAUCGAUCUUAUCAAUUUGCUUUAUGGCAAAAGCUGAGAAUGUUUUCUGAUUUAACAGUUUUUGUACAAACUUUAAACAAUAAACGAAAAAAAAACCGUUUUACUCAA